AUGAAGUAUUUUCUUACCACACUCAUGCUGGUCUCCGCAACCCUGGCUUUGCCCGCCCCCGGCAAGCGUGACAAUCAGGUUUCCCAGGACGCCACUGUGGAAGAUUUCAAUAUGGAAGCCCCUGCAAACCAAUGGUGGCAUGGCAAGCGUGACGACCAGUCUGCCCAGGAUGCUACGGUGGAGAAUGUCAACAUGGAAGCCCCUGCAAACCAAUGGUGGCAUGGCAAGCGUGAUGUCCAGUCUGCUCAGGAUGCUACGGUGGAGAAUGUCAAUAUGGAAGCCCCUGCAAACCAAUGGUGGCAUGGUAAGCGUGACGACCAGUCUGCCCAGGAUGCUACGGUGGAAAAUGUCAACAUGGAAGCCCCUGCAAACCAAUGGUGGCAUGGCAAGCGUGAUGUCCAGUCUGCUCAGGAUGCUACGGUGGAAAAUGUCAAUAUGGAAGCCCCUGCAAACCAAUGGUGGUAUGACAAGCGUGAUAUCCAGACCAACUAG